AAAAUUUGGUGCGAUCAGAUAGAUCCUUUUGACACGUAGAAGCCAAAGUCUUUCGGUCUCCUCCGUGUUUGUGAAGCUUUCAGACAACCUUCGAGUUCGAUCUCCAAUUUUUUUUUUGUCGGAUUUAAAAUACAGAGGAAAGAAGGAAGGAGAUAGAAACAUGAACAUCUUCUCCAAGAAACCUAAUCCCAGAGAAGUGCUUAGGGAGAGUAAGAGAGAGAUGACUCAAGCUACAAGAGGAAUCGAAAAGGAAAUCUCAUCUCUGCAAUCAGAAGAGAAAAAGCUCGUUCUUGAGAUAAAAAGAACUGCUAAAACAGGGAAUGAGGGAGCGACUAAGACUCUUGCCAGGCAAUUGAUCCGGCUAAGGCAGCAAAUAUCUAACUUACAAGGUAGCCGAGCUCAAUUGCGAGGCAUAGCUACUCAUACACAGGCUAUGCAUGCACACACUUCAGUGGCUGCAGGAAUACAAGGGGCCACUAAGGCAAUGGCUGCUAUGAGCAAGAAUAUGGAUCCAGCUAAACAAGCUAAGGUUAUGAGAGAAUUCCAAAAGCAGUCUGCGCAAAUGGACAUGACUACUGAGAUGAUGUCAGACUCCAUAGAUGAUGCUUUAGACAAUGACGAAGCUGAAGACGAAACAGAGGACUUGACUAACCAGGUUCUUGAUGAAAUCGGCAUUGAUGUAGCGUCACAGUUAUCAUCUGCUCCAAAAGGUAAAAUUGGUAGAAAGAAUGCAGAAGAUGUCAGCAGCAGUUCUGAAAUGGAUGAUCUGGAGAAGCGGUUGGCUGCGCUUAGAUAGAAAGAAACAAGUGCCUUGAGCUUGAAGAAGAAGAAGAAGACGCUUAUAUACAUUUCAUUUAAUGUGUCUUCUACAUCUUUAUUGUUGACUAUAUAUGUUUUUGAACCUUUUUGUUUCCUCUGCAAUGAACAAAAUCUCUUUGCUUCUGUUUUCUUCAAACAGUUUAUUCUGCGCGCCAAGAAGUUUGAUCCGAUUGGUUGGUUCUAUAAUUCUAUUAAAGCUUUUAGUAAUAUAUCAUUGUCC